AUGAGGACAGACUCAACGAUCGUCCUUGCAUUGUUGCAGAAACCCUCCUUUCAUUGGAAUACUUUUGUAGCCAAUCGUGCAGCUUCUAUAACUGAGACUGUGAAUGCUGAUUUAUGGUCUCAUGUUGACUCUAAGGAUAACCCGGCGGACAUAGCCUCUCGUGGUUGCUCGGCUAGUGACCUGGUUAAUAACGAACUAUGGUGGCGUGGUCCGUAUUGGCUUAGGCUAGCUCGCCUUUCAUGGCCUUCAAAUCGUAGAAGGAUAGAGGCAUGCUUGAACACUAGACCCCUUUGUCCAGUCAGUGAUGACCCAAACGAACUUAAGGCUUUAACCCCUGGCCACUUCUUGGUAGGAUCUCCUCUCUUAGCACCAGCUGAAGUUGACGCUUCCGCUAGGUCACUAAGCAUUGCCAAUCGAAGGCAAACGCUGAAAAUUCUGCACCAGAAUUUCGCGAUAAGGUGGAAGGAAGAUUAUUUCAAGGAACUGCACAAACGUACUAAGUGGCAGUAUCCAGAAAGAAACGUUUCUCCCAAUGAUUUAGUGGUCGUAGGACGAGAUAAUUUACCACCCACCCAGUGGUUACUGGGUAGAAUUGAAAAGGUUAUGCCUGGAUCAGAUUCUUAA